CGAAGGACUGGCGAACUUGAUGAAACCUUAAGAAUUCAUUCUCAUCCUUCAUAACCUGAUUCAAGUCUAUAGAUACCAAGAAACUCUCAAGAAAUCAAAACCCAUCAACUACAUAAUCCGGAUUUCGAAAACCACGGUGCAGCUUCAGGUUUUGCAUCAUGUGUCUUACUUCAACCUUUAGAUUUGAUUAAAACUAGGAUGCAACAAGGUCAAUCUGGAAUGAUACCAUUACCAAGGUCUAAUGUAUUUGGCUUAACGUCUAGAGUGAUUCAACAAGAUGGAUUAAUAGGUCUUUGGCGUGGAAUGACACCUACAAUUGCAAGGAAUGUACCAGGCGUAGCAUUAUAUUUUUUUAGUUUAGCCGAAUUAAGAAGGUUUAUGACCACCAUCCCACAACUUUCGCAUCUUCAUUCAAAUCCUUCGAAUCAGUUAACCCAUUCAAAUGUGACCAUCUUACCAAGACUUUCAGCUGCUGGAGAUUUGGCUGCUGGAAUGAUGGCUCGUACUGCUGUUGGGUUCUUAUUGAUGCCGAUCACAGUGGUUAAAACUCGAUUUGAAGCUAGUACAUUUUAUACUUCUAGUCUCUAUUCAUAUCAAUCCAUCAGAUCAGCCUUCGUUGAUGUAGUCAAACAAAACGGAUUAAAAGGACUCUGGAGAGGCUUUGUACCCACGAUGAUCAGAGACGCACCCUUUGCCGGUUUAUUUGUCUCAACCUACGAAAAAUCUAAAUCGAUUCUACAAUCCUCUACCACCCCAUUGAUCAUCUCAUCAAAUCCGACUUUGAUCCAUAUGAUCUCUGCAACAUUAGGUGCAAGUUUGGCUACAUUGAUUACGACUCCAUUUGAUUUUAUUAAAACUCAACAACAAUUAAAACCUAAACUUUAUCUAAAUUUGUUUCAAUCUAUUAAAUUAAUCUUGGAUGACAAUCAUGCAAAGAAUUGGAAAUUGUUCUUUCGUGGGUCUAGUCUUAGAUUAAUUAGAAAAGGUUUGAGUUCGGCUAUCGGAUGGUCAAUUUAG